AUGCCGGCCGCUGCGGCGAUGGUUUCGAUGUCGAGCGAACCGUCGUACUACGACGGACCGAAGAAAAGCUCCGGCAAAUUUCUGACCCACUUUGCGCGCCGUUUGCGCAUCGGCAAAAGUUCGAAAUCGAAGCCAUCCGUCGGUGCGAACGGACUCAUUGAGAUGGACUCGGAAGAGGAUCGGCACGGGGUCGACACGGAAGAGAUUGUGAUACUGCGCCAUACGACCGCACCGGAUGAGCUACUGACCGGUGGUGGAAGUUCCGGUGCGGAAUCGGCCACGAUGGUGCUGGUAGUGCCGGCUGCCACCGUUGUUACAGCGCCCCCCUUCAAGCGGGGCCAUUCGUUUCGCCAGAGCCUGAGCUAUCUGCUCAAGCGCACCCGGCCAAAGCUGACGGAGCGGUCCUGCACCAGCGACAGCGACGUGGUACACGAGCUGGACGAGGAUGCGGCCAACGUACGGACGGCCAAGCGGCCCGUGCUGGAUGCGUUCCUGCCGGAGCAGCUGCCCGCCAAACGGCACAGCACCGGCGACAUCUUUAACGAGGAUCUGGACGCGAAUACGCGGGCCCAGGGACCCGGUGGACGCCAUCGGCGCGUGCACUCGGAUACAACGAGCUACGGACAGGCGAACAAGACGAGUUCCAGGGCUGGACAACCCAAAUCCGCCAACAGUGUUGGGCUAGGGACGCGUCCACUACCACUGUCCUCCACGAUAGAACCCCUCAGCAGCGUGGAAACCCCCGGUGGGCAACCGGAGGGUGUGGCCCACCUGAAUGUACUCUCACGCAGUCCUAGUCAUUCGACAGCGAAAAGCGACCCUAAAUCGCUCAAAUCGCUGUCUCCGUCGGCACGGUCGUCCACGAUACGCAGCUCUAGUCCACAUCCCCUGAAAUCGUUCAGCAGCACGCGGGACACCGUCGACAAGCCGGAAAAGCACCACAAAAAGAAGGAGGGUGGUAUGUCAUGGGAGCAGAAAAAGUUCGCCCAACAUUUCGCACAGGUUCCGGACGAUGAGGUCGUGCUGGAUUAUUUCUCUUGCGCCCUCGUUGGAGACAUCCUGCUGCAGGGUUAUCUGUACAUUACGCAGAACUACUUCGCCUUCUACUCGAACGUGUUUGGAUAUGUAACGAAGUUGCUCAUCCCGACCGUUUCCGUGCUGGACAUAUCGCGUGAGAAGACGGCCUACAUGUUCCCGAAUGCGGUCGGCGUGAAGACGCGCGACGAUCGGCACGUGUUCGGCAGCUUCCUGAGCCGCGAAGCCGCCUACUAUCUGAUGUGCAGCGUGUGGGAACGGGCAACGACGCCACUGAGCGACUCGCUGGGCAGUAUCCAGCACACCCGGCUGGCACCGCUGCACGCGGAAGGUUCGGAAGGUUCGCUGGAUGAGGACAGCAGCUGCUACGAUGGUAACGAAAGCUCGUUCCACGGGAAGGACGAAAUGCCCGAUCUGCUCGACUCGGGCGAUUCGCACGAGAAGCAGCUGAACGUGACGGAAGGUGGCGGUACGAACCAGUCGUCCGAUGAUUCCACCGUGCUGCAGAAGCAAAAGAAACUUAAAAAGGAACUGCUGCUCAAAUCGCCCGCCAUCGUGAAAAGCCCGGCCAUUCUCAAGGUGGCCGUCGCGGCCGGUGCACUCGAUGGGCUGAAGGGUGAGAAGACUUUACCGAUGCUGGCGGGCGGUUUGAUUGGUGAUGGUGGCGGUACUGGUGCACGCGGCGUGUACGGUGACGGUGCCGGCCGUAGCAAACUGUCCCUUGUAAAGCAAAAGCUCCGACACAUCCUUCCCUCCGAUUUUGGUAUUAUACACAUAGGAUUAAUAUUGGCUGUCCUGCUGGCGCUGUUUUCCUGCUUUCUGGCCUACAAGAUACACGCGUUGCAGGCCCGUCUCGCCGCGCCACCCAUUCGAUUGGGUGACGACACAGACUUUUAUCUCGAUGUGCUCCGGUGGCAGAAGCGUUUGCACAGCAAGAGCAAGGAGGAGGCUCAGAUUGUGCUGAACUCAAAUCUGGAGCAGAUCAUUAAGGUGCGCAAGAGCCUGGAAACGCUCUCACUGUUGAUCCAGGACUCGGCCACGGAAGGUAGCGGAGCGGACGAACAGGGGCUGCUCGGUGCAAUGAUUGCGGACGGUGCCAGCAGCGUGCUGGAAGACAGUGGUAGUUUAAAUCAACAGUACUUCCACGAGGACGCUACAUAGCAAGCUUUAUGAGUAGGGUAGAGGGAUCACGUUUGGAACGAAUGCUGCUAAAAGCACUUGGAAGGAAGCCAUCUCCAAACUAAAAGGGAACAGAGCGAUAGAGAGAGAACAGACAAAUAGGACGUUGGAGAGAUAAGUUGCCGGCAACGAGGAAGAAAAGACAUGGCAUGUCUUUGUUAUGUUGGGUUUUGUGAGGGCUUGAAAUGCGUCGCUGUGGGCGCAUGUGUGAUUUUGUACCUUUAGCAGAACGUGUUUCGUUGUUGAUCUUUAAUUUAUUAUUAAUUCUUUUGUGACGUUUAGUUCGAUAACUAAUUUAAUAGAAACGGGAUAGACACAGCGCCUAGCGAGAAGCGCACUAGGUGAGCUGAGGAAGUUUAGUGCGGAACGGAUGGUUCACUCAGAAGAUGCAUUUAACGCUGCGGUUUGGUGAGGUUUGGUUGAGCCACGACGGUAUCUACGAGUGAUUUAUAAUUGUUUUAAUAGUUAAAAACAAACCCGGUAAAAGUAAGAUGAUGAUGCGCGUGUAAAGUUUGGUCAUUUGGACUACCAAAAGUAGUAGCGUUUUUUUAAAUUCUAUACAUGCAAUACAUGAUGCGGGUUGCGGGACAACACUCGACAGAACAGAAAUGCCAAACAACCGCCACCGAACAGCAUGCUUUUCUUCCCCAUGUUUAUCGAGAGUGGGCCGCGUGAAGAUAGUUCCUUCAGGGCAGAACAAGCGUAGUAGCAAUAGAGCUGAACGGUUAGACGGAGCGAACGGAGCUAAGGAUUAAUUGUCCGGUAGAAUCCAUUUUUAAGCCUACAAGAAAACAAACAAAAACAACAACUACAACCUCCCCCAAAAGCGUGCGUGAAAACGAGCAAUUUUGGUUUCGUUUGCUUUUGCUACCCAAUUUUUAAGAGUAAGAAAACCCGCCCGCCGCCUAACGGAACCGUGUUUUGGGGCCCGCUAUUGUAUUUUUGUACGCGACCAAGCGCGAUCAGUGCGUGUACACGGUUUCGCUUGCUUUUUCCGUUCAUUCUUCUUUUGGAACCAUUUAUCUCGAUAGUUCGACAACAGUAUAACAAACAGAACCGUGUCGAUUAGAUUUACAUACAAGCGAUAGAACGAAACGUACAUAGGUGUAGAAAAAGUGUAGGCGACAGUUUAACGAGACGUUUGCUCAAAACAUGAAGGUAGCGCAGCUGAUGAAUAUAGUGCGGGGUUUUGGUGUUUUGGCCUCGGUAUUUGUUUGCAAAUGUUUUGUCUCGGCUUUUACAAAUUAAGCUCGAUUGUGGUGUAAAUAAUGUUUGCCCGAUUGAGUAUGUUAUGAGCUGCGAUCUCCGAUCGCGCACUACCGUCACCGAUUGGUGCCAUAGCUGAUCCGUUUGGUUUUACCCACACCGCUCAAUUUGAUGAACGACAUGGCAGGAUGCAAUGUGUAAAGUGUGCAGGAAUUUGACUUAAUAACACUAGCAACGCAAAAUCCCAUCUUCUCACCUUUGUGUUUGAGGAAUCUGCGGCCCUUUCGCUCUCGCCAUACGACAGCGUGGUGUGAUUUUACGCGUGCAAUCGAAUUGCAUCUCCUAAAAGCUGAGUGCAUUACUAUCGCAAACCUGCAGCAUUGGCGGCAGGCGUAGAAGCAGAGCUUCAUUAUCAAUUAUCGCAAAAUGGUCACGAGGUGGGAAAACUCAUCAGACACGUAAAUGGCGCACAAUAAUGGUUCGAUGGCAACAGGGUACGGGCUAGCCGGCCCCGGCGAGUUCGACGAGACGGUCGUUGCGUGCAACACCAACAGGGGGACAUGGGCUAGGCCCGCCGAUAGAGCGGUAGAGAAGGUAAAGCAAGUGAAGAGACUUAAUCCCUAGGGAAAGGUGAUCAAUUAAGCAAAAAGAAGCAGGGGGGGGGGGGGGGGGUUAAGGAAGAUGAACCGUACUAGAAACAAAUGUCUGUGAUAUGUAUGCAAAAGUACAUGAAGGAAUGGGAAAAAAACGGGAAACCGAACGGAACGGCAGAGAGUGGGGCCACUUCAUUUCGGAACGGUAACAACAAUGGCAGUGAAAACGGUGAGGGGAACAGGGAAGAACACAAAAGCAAUGAAGGGAAGGGAAAUUGGGCGCAAAUCACAGAACAAACAAUCGACAGGGAGGGGGGCAAAGAAACCGCCAACAGUUUAUGUUUCAACUAUAGCGAUACUUAUUGUUUUCAAACUUUUAAAUCCCCCUAUUCCUAUCCCCACGCUUCUUUCCUUCCCUUAUUUUGAAGACUUUGUUGUUUAGUGGUGUUAAGCUGGAGAGUGGAAGAAAUAGUGGUGGUGUUAACGUUCUUUUUGACUUAUUUCGAUUUUCUGUUUGUUGAGGGUAUGUUAACGAUGUAGGAUUUAAAGACAUACGAAAGCAAAUAAAACCGUAACUUGAACUAUGAAAA